AGCUGAUAUCUCUCCUCCCACUGAUGAUGGCCUGUCCCAAACACAAGACAAAAACAAAUUUCACAUACAAAGGGACGUAAAUACUGCUAGCGUGUGCUCUGUAAGCGACGACCGAUUCGUGCAUCUUUCCACUGGCAGUUCAACCGCAGACAAAGAUGGUUUCGCCUGUCACAGUGGUCAAGAGCGAGGGUCCAAAGCUUGUUCCGUUCUUCAAAGCCACUUGCGUCUACUUUGUUCUGUGGCUGCCCACCUCGAGCCCCUCCUGGUUCAGUGCUCUCAUCAAAUGUCUGCCCAUCUUCUGUCUUUGGGUUUUCCUGCUUGCCCAUGGCAUCAGCUUUUUAGGUGCCCACUCCAGUGCCAGGAAAAUCCUGGCAGGACUUAUUUUUUCAGCUUUGGGUGACGCAUUUCUCAUCUGGCAAGAACAGGGCUACUUUAGUCAUGGACUGCUGAUGUUCGGCAUCACCCACAUUCUCUACUCUUCGGCCUUUGGGAUGAAGCCCCUUAACUUGAGAGCAGGUCUGGUGAUCGCUGUCAUCUCAGGCCUCAGUUACACCCUUCUGUACCCCUACCUCUCCGGUCCCUUCACCUACCUGGUGGCUGUUUACAUCGCUCUCAUCGGCUUCAUGGGCUGGAGGGCCAUAGCUGGAGUCCAGCUCGCCAAUGACCUCUGGACCUGGACGAAACUGUCGGCCUGCCUCGGAGCCGUCCUCUUCAUGGUAUCUGACCUUACCAUUGCCGUCAACAAGUUCUGCUUCCCAGUGCCCCACUCUCGAGCCAUCAUAAUGGCCACCUACUAUGCGGCCCAGAUGUUGAUCGCACUGUCAGCUGUGGAAUGUCAAGACGCCGACGCGGCUCGGAAAAGAGCCUGAGGAACCGCACAUUUACCAACCUUCCCCUAAUGACUCAACAUCGUUAGCAGCUACACAGGUUCAAGUUCCACUUUCUGCAACCCCUGGUCCAUCCACAGUUCCCUUAUCUGAGCAUGACGGGGAUAUUUUGGUUAUAGUUGAGGAAUUGCUGGUUUAAGACCAUGCAAUACCGAUGGGAGAAUUCAUGCUGGAUUCAUGUACAAGGUUUGAUAGUCUUGGUCUUGAACCUCUUGACUUAGUCGGGUCUCUUCCCUUAAUUAUAAUACUGCAUUUGUUUUUUCUAGUAGUACCAUCAUUUUGGAGAUUUGGACUUCUGGUUACUAGAUCCAAAUAUUCAGUUUUUCCCAACUUACCUCUACCCAACCAAGACUAUCCUAAUGUCUUAUCAAUGUCUCUUGAUAUUUUUUCCACUUCAUAGAGUCCCUGAUGGUUUAUACCAGGGACAAGCAACGGCGGUCCUAAAGUGCUGAUGUCCUGCAGAGUUUAGCUUCAACCCUAAUCAGGCACACCUGAACAGGCUAAUCAAGGUCUUCAGGAUUACUAGGGCUACAGGCAGAUGAGGUUUUUCUUCAGGGUUGGAGCUACGUAAACUCUGCAGCACAUUGGCACUCCAGGACCUACGUUACCUAUCCUUGGUGUUAUACUGUGAACAAAGAGGGAGUCUUGAGUGACCAGUGUUUGUCUGUAGAACGGACUAGCAAACAAUACAAAGCGGUUUAGAUUCUUUUAAGGGGCUGGUUUCCCCAUCUCACCGUAGAUUUCCCAGCAUGAAAACAUUUUAUGCUAAAGCAGAUAUGCUAACAUAAGUGCUGCUGUACUCAAAAUCAAUGCACAAGUUCUUGUCAUAGUAUUGUGAGGUAUACCUUAUCCCAUAGGUCUUCAACUCUGCUCCUGUGGACCCACUUUCCUGCAGAGUUCAAAUUACACACACCUGAACCAGCUAAUCAAGGUCUUCAGAAUCACUUGAAAAGUCACAGGCCAGGUGUGCUAAAGCAGGUUGGAAAGAAACUUUGCGGGACAGCGGGUCCCCAGGAGUAGGGUUGAAGACCUAUGCCUUAUCCGGACACAUUUCAAAGUCAUUUUGUUUCAUAACUUGAGUUAGUGCACAAACCCCCAUGCCUACAUACACACGUGCUGGAGAAGUUGUCUUGUCAAGCCCAAUUGGCUGCAACCAGUGCUAGGAUUACCUGGACUAGAUGAAGCCCAUAUCCUGCACUAAGUUCUGAGGCAUGACCAAUACUAAUAUGAAAACACAGGUCGAGACUCUCAAAAAGGGAAGUCGGUCUCUUUCUUGGAGGGGAUUUUGGUGUCUUUUGUUUUUGGUUUUUGCCAAGUCAGCUGGAUUGCUCAGCACCUCGACCACAAGGAAACAGCGAUUAAGUACAAGUUGAACUAUUUAUUUUGUCUGUACAGUAUCAGAUAAUGUUUGUAAAGAGGGCGUGAUGUCAGAUGAUACGGAUGUAUCAAGCUUCCAACCACUUUCUUUUGUCUCUUGCCAGUAGGAAACGAUUCACUCAAGGGAAAGUGGGAAGCCCUGUGGUGGGCAAAUAAACAUCUGUGUCAUCAGCUUUAGAUAUAAGCCGGUAUUUUAUUUUUAAGCCAGUAUUUUUUUUUAUUUCACACUCUUUUCUCAUCUCAUUCGCAUCUAUUCCUCCACCUGAAAAUGUGUGAAUAUUUCACAGCACGAUUGAGUGAAAAUUUCACAGCAUGUGAAUAUUUCACAGUACAAUGUUCUUUUUUUGUGUGUGGUACUGUGCUUUAUUAGCUGAGUCACGUACUAGGGUCAUAUUUCGCUGCCAAAUAAAAAAGUAUAUAUUUUGCAUAAAGAAAAUGUCUAUUUUAGGAUCAUGUUUUUUCAUCACUUUACAGAUUUUUUUUUCACAUUAUGUUGAUAGUAAUUAAUUCACAUAUUUAAUAAUAACUCAGUUGACAUAAUAAAUAUCAGUAUCACUCAAUGGAAAUGGUACUAAACUAGGCUUAAUUUUGUUUAUGCAAAAUAUACAGCUAUAAAUGUUUUUUUCUUUGGAUUUUGGGGUGAAAUAUGACCAGGACAUUUUCUUGACAGCCUUUGUGAGUUUCUGCCAUUUGAGCAAACCACACAUGUACUGUAUUUACGAUCAGUUGAUUUAAACUGAUUGUUAUUUUUAUAAAUAAAUCUCAAUAAGGGAUUAUCAGAUGAUCCUUCACUCAUAGUAAAUGAGGGAACCGUCGACCGUGAUGGAAAGCACUUGGUUUGAUAUGUGCUCAGCUGUUGUACCCUCAGGUGUGAGUGGAAAUGAGCUUUGAAUGGAAACACAGCUGAUCACUCAACAGUGGUCCAUUCUGAAGUGAUACAACAUCUUUAACCUGGUCCUGAUGUGUGGGACGGCAAUAUCCAAUGGUGGACUGGCGGUAGACUCCAUUUUUUGUAUUUUAAUGUUAAUGAAAAUGGUGCCGCACUCUUGGGUACACUGGUGUGUUCCAGUUGACCAAAAAGACUUUUAAUUAAGAGUUUUUAUUCACAUCAAAUUUAAUGUCUACCCAACCCUAUUGGCCAUUGCGUCCAGCAUAGUGUUACGCACAUAAACGCUACUGUCGCUAUCAACACGCACACACUCAGCUCAACUGCUGACCUCUCGAGAAACAGCGAGGCUAUUUUGACGCAUUUGCUUAAUGCCAAGUUUCAUAGGUUCCCUAUUCAGGAGUCACAUUGUCAGCAAAACAUUUCAGCUUAGUCGAAAAACCGUACGUGAUUUGCAAGGUCAUCGAACAGCAUGUCUCCUCAGAGCCAUUGUGUGUCAAGCUACAAAUCGGUGAUGUGUUGUGAAGGUCUGCGGCAGAACAACAUUUUAAAGGAAGUUAUAAGUAUUCGUUUGAUGGUUUUCAUGAAAAUAGGAGUUGGAAAGACCCUAGAGCGUUCCCCUGAAGACUUCUAGUGAUUCAGAGUCACUUCUUAUAGUAAAUGUUAAGUGACCAUUGUCUGAAGCCAGUUUAAGUCAAUAUUCCCGCUUAGCAUUUCUUUUCUUCCUUUGUUGUUACCUCCCAGAUGGUUAGAAUUCGACCUCGCCUGGUCGUUUCCUCCUCUAUUGUGUUAAUGCGAACUCCAUAGAGGAGAACAGGUGCCUUCUGUUUCCACCACUGAAAUGCUGUCUGUUGAGAAGUGUGGAGACAGUCACUGGCACGGGGAAGAUUUUCUUUCCAUCUGGCUUUGCUUUAGCUCGCGACCUUAUUCAGAUGGCAAUGAGCGCGAUCGUUUUACCCCUUCUGUCAGUGCUUGUGUGUUUGAUGCUUUUGUGUCGAGUCGAGGGGGAUGAAACAGAAUGCUGGGAGUUCAGUGGGUUCAGUAUUGAUGACAGUGUUUAGGUAUAACGGUUCUGUCAUUAAAGAUAAUGAGGAGUAACCCACUUGGUUCAAAGCACGCUGCUGAGGGAUGUAAAUAUCAGCACUUUUCCAUUUUAUCUCUUUAUUAUCUUCCUGAAAUUCUGUUUUUGGGUUUGAGGCUUGAAACAUAAUUGAUGACCGCAAUUCCCAAAGCCUGAUUUUGUGCAUAAAUGUGCUUUUUCAAAUGUCAGGUUAUAAUUCAUAAAGUGACACAAGUUUGGCUGCAUUCUCAGCGUCACCACAAGGGGCACUAUCAGCUGAGUUUUUCCUCUUCUUUCACAUCCACAGUUGUCAUGGAAGAGCUACAGUUUGAAGAGCAUCAUGACGUUUAUAGCUAACUAAUUGAAUAAAGGCCCGUUCACACCAAGAACGAUAACUAUAAAAGCAAUGAUAACUAUAUUAACGUCUGCACCAACAGACGAUAAAGUUGUUUAUUAUUAGAGCAGUAUUAUAACUGCACUGCAGUUUUGUUGUCUGCCACUUUAAAUGCUCAAGCUCUUUAAAGUCAAAUGGAUCGAGAUGUGUUUUUAUUGUUUUCUUAGCUGGAAUAAAAAUCAUUCUGAAAUGUUAAUGUCGAAAUUAGGGUUAAAAAUUAAAUGCUUGAUGCAAAUCCCAAAGCUCGAUUUACGCAUUACUGUGCAUUCCCAAAUAUGAGGUUACAAUUCAUAGUGACGCAAUUAUGUGCUGCAUUCUCAACAUCACCACAGGGGGCGCUAUAAACUUUUUUCCUUCACUUCUUCUUCUUCUUUCUUUCUUUCCACUUUAAAUGCUUUAAACGCUUUGAAGUCAAAUGGAUCAUGAUUGGCUGUAAAUGUUUUUAUCGUUUCCUUAGCUGGAACAAAUAUUGCUCUGAAACAUUAACAUUAAAAUUAACGUUAAAAAUUAGAAUAAAAUAUUAAAUGCUUGACACAAUUCCCAAAGAUGGAAUUUGGGCAUAACUGUUUCCCAAAUGUCAGGAUACAAAUCAUAAAGUGAUGCAAGUAUGUCUUGCAUUCUCAGUGUUGCCACAAGGGGUGCCAUAAGCUGCGUUUUUUUUCCUUUUCUCAUCACCCAUUUGAAGAGCAUCUUAAUGAGGAAUUUAGUUUAAAAACAUUUAUAGCUAGCCACCUGAAUAAAGGCCUGUUCACACCAACAACGAUAACUAUAAAGGCAACGAUAACUAUAUUAGCAUCCAAACCAGCAAACCAUAAUGUUCCAUUUAUUAUAAUCGCACACUGCAGUUUUGUCGCCUGCCACUUUGAAUUAAAAUCUUUAAAGUCAAAAUCUUUGGAUCGUAAUUGGCCAUCAAUUUGUUAUCAUUUCCUUAGCUUGAAUAACUAUCGUUCUGAAACGUUAAUGUUAAAAUUAAUGUUAAAAAUUAAAAUAAAAAUUAAAUGCUUGUCGCACUUCCCAAAGGUUGAUUCUGUGCAUAAUUUUUCCAAACGUCAAGUUUCAAUUCAUAAAGUGAUGCAAAUAUGUGCUGCAUUCUCAACGUCGCCACAAGGGGAAGUAUAAGAACUACAACGAUAACUGUAAUAAUAACUAUGUUAGCAUCCACACCAAUGGACGAUAAUGUUUUAUUGAUUAUAAACACACACUGUAGUUUUGUCGUCUGCCACUAUAAAUGCUUGACCUCUUCAAAGUCAAUGUUUUUAUUGUUGUUUAGCUGAAACAAAACUCUCUCUAAAAAGUGAUUCCAACGAUUUCACUCCUCUUGUGACAUUAACAUAAUAACUGUGAUGUGGACUUUGUUAUUGUCAUAGAAUUAUAACAACUUUUUUUUCGUUAUAGUUAAGGCCCACAAGACAACUAAAAAGCUAGCUGUAAUAAUGACUAUAUUAGCACCAAGGCCAAUGAAUGAUAACGUUCCAUUUAUUAUAAGUGCACACUGCAGUUCUGCAGUUUCACCGCCCGCCUCUUUAAAUACUCAAGCUAUUUAAAGUCAAAUGGAUUUUGAGUAUGCGUCAAUAUUUUUUACGUUUUUCAGCUGGAAUAAAAAUCGUUUUGAAAAUGAUUCCAACAAUAUCGCUCCUCUUUGACAUUAACAUUAUAGCAAUGAUGUGAACUUUGUUGUAUAGAAUUAAAAUGUUUUUUUGGUUAACUUUUUCAUUAUAGUUAAAACCCAUUCGCAACAAGAAUGAGAAGUAUAAAGAUAACUGUAAUAAUAACUACAUUAUGAUCCACACCAACAGAUGAUUACGUUCCAUUGUUUAUAAGCGUACACUGAAAUUUUGUCGCCUGCCACUUUAAAUGCUUGACCUCUUUAAAGUCAAAUGGAUUGUGAUUGGCUGUCAAUGUUUUUAUCGUUGUUCAGCUGGAACAGAACUCAUUCUGAAAGUUAUUCCAACGAUAUCUCGUCUUUGACGUUAACAAUAUAGCUGUGAUGUGGAUAUUGUUAUUGUCAUAGAAUUAUAACAACUUUUAAAAACUUUUUCUUUAUAGUUCAGGCUCCUUUAUAACAAAAAUUACAAGUUAAAAUCUAGCUGUGACAACGACUGUAUUAGUGUCCACACCAAUUGAACAGUAAAUAUCCAUUUUUUAUUUAAAUUUUUUAUUAUAAGCACACUGUAGUUUUGUCGCUUGCCACUUUAAAUACUUGAGCUUUUUAAAGUCAGAUGGAUUUUGAUUGGUUGUCAAUGUUUUCUGAAAGUGAUAUCCGUUCUUAUGUGUCAUAAAAUUCAAACGAUUACUGAAACUUUACAGUUAUAGUUAUCGUCUCUUGUGUGAAUGGUCCUGUACGCAAAUUCCUGUACAGUAAAUUUCUGGUCUUACAGUGAUAUGCAAUACAGUUUCGUACCCUGUGGAUGAAGUUCUCAACCAUUUCAAAUUUUCAGUCUGCUGUCCUCUUUCAAUUCAAACUUUUAAACGCACUUUGCUAGAAAGGUUAAUAUACUCUUCUUCUUUUUUUGCCAUCUUAUUUCACUAAAAUGAAAGAUUUGUUUCUAAACCUAGUGAGGUACCAUGCUGUCUGCUGUCUAAAUCAGCAGCUGCCUUCUCCAACGUGAGAUCGGAGAGUUUUCAUUAGCAUGUUGCUACUGUCACAACAGACCACUUUAUUUUGAUUUAACUAGUGUUUAGUGAUGUGUUUUCAGUAUUGAGUGAAUUUUAGUAUUUCAUUUCUUUUGACGCGUCCUCCAUCUUGGAUUGAGAUUUCACACAGUGCAUUCUGGGAUUGUCUUCUCUGUGAAAGAUACUUGCAGUGCUAAACAAGCUAUGUUAGCCGCUAUCUUUUACAACUUGCCUGAAAUGCUGUCUAGGUAGGUAGCUCACUAGGUUUAAGUGUUCAAAUAUUAGAUUUGGGGAAAAAACAUGCUUUAACGCACCUUCUUUCUAAUUUUGCUGCGAACACUGCGCACAAUCGCAACUUUACCAAGUUUGUUUUAUAGUAUUCUGUAUCACCACUGCCUUUAAGAGUAUAUCAAAGGGUAGUUGCUGUUUCUAACGUCCAAUAUAGUAUAAUCUGGGUCGGUUCCAUCUUAUGAGACAGUCUUAUAUAAUACCAAUGUAUUAACAUUAGCUGACUCUAACUGCUGUCCAGUACUAAUUGCAAAUAUUGCAAGUGUUCACAUGUUGGAAAUCGCAUUUUAAUACUAGUUUCAGAAAAGUAUAUAAAAUGGACCAAUAUUACUAUAGAGUUCUUAGGAAUCGAACAUGUGUAACAUUUUAUGACUAUGCUGUAUGUAUAAACUAAGGCAGUGACAAUACUUUGGUAGUGGAAGCUGUGCCGUUAUGAUUACAAUCUUUAAAAAAAAUAGAAGAAAAAAAGAAGUGGUUUUAUGAUCUUAAGUCUGUGAACAAUAUUACUAAAAUAAGGGAAACUCUUAUUUUAUGGAGUACCUCUCUCUUUCUCUUGCUAUUUAUCUAUAUAUAUAUUUUUUACAGUUGACCCUUAACAUUGUGAAGUUAUUAUUAUGUUGUGAACGAAUGCUGUUUUUUUUUUUUUUUUUGCUGAGUAGAUGUGAGGACUAUUCAAUAUCUUGCCUUAUUGUUAUAAUGUCUAGUAGUUUAAUUCCUUUCGUUAUUGUUGUUAAAGGACCGUAGAGCUCCUUUACUAUAGUGAUACUGCUAUGAAUGUGAUUUAGUCCAAGUGAGAAAAUAAAUGCAACUGCAAUGCAACUGAAAACGA